AUGUUUCUACUCGAUCAGUUUCCUAUCGAAUUACUUCACUCGAUAUUUGACUAUCUCUUAACAAAUGAAAUAUUAUUUGCAUUUGCUGACAUAAGUGAUUAUGUGGAUUCAGUCUUACUUGGCUACAAACGAUAUCAUGUCAAUUUACAAUCUAUUCGCAAAUGUGAUUUUGAUCUUAUUUGUCGAAAAAUUCGCGCUCAUCAAAUUAUACAACUCACUCUUUGUGAUGAUCGAGACACGACUAAUCAAUCACAAUUGUUUAUUCAAAUGUUUCGUAUCGAACAAUUCAUUCAUUUACGACAAAUUUCAUUAAUUCGUAUCGACAAAGAAUCAUGGACAGUUUUAUUGGAACAAUUGAGUGAACUAAGCGAUCAAAUACCAAUAUUAUAUUUUGAUACGACGCCACAUAUUAAUAUACAAAUUCCGAAUCUACUUCUUCCUCAUAUUAAUCGAUUGGUUACCUGCGAUAGUGAAGAUUUUUUCAAUAAGAUAUCAACAUAUUCAACGUUGCGACAUUUAACAAUAUCGAAUUGUUCGCCGAAACAAUUUCUCAAAAUUGUUCAUCAAGUGACUGAACUUCGUUCAUUUAAACUCGAUGAAGAUCAUUCAUUGACAUCUUUUCGUAGUCCAUUUUGGCUAGAAUACAAAUGUUGGUUUGUGGCAUAUGAUAUUCGACAGUCAACUAUUUAUUCGGUACCUCGAUUUGCUAUUCAUCGCAUAGAAUAUCCUAUGUCUGAUUUUAUACCUGAUGAUUCAACGAUACCACGUACAACUUUAUUCUAUGAUCAAAUAAAACAUUUGACACUAUUUUGGCAAGGUUCUCUUUUCGAUUUACGACCACCACCUGUUCCUUUUGCUCAUGUUGAAACCUUUGAAUUGGGAAAACGUAUCGAUACGAGUAAAGUAUCAAUAUCUAUUCUUGAAUCUAUUGUUAAUUUUGCUUCAAUUCAACGAUUGAAAGUGUCUUUAGCUGAGUUCAAAUGGCUUUUACCGCAUAUGCCUCAAGUUCAUCAUCUUACCCUCUAUGGUCUAGAAAGUUUUUCCACUGAUAUUCAAACUACGACUGUUUUUCAUCAAAUUCGUUCACUGGACUUGUCAUCUACAUUUGUAAACCUUGGUGUCAAACGUUUGAAUUUUCUUUUUCCUUCUGUGGAGAAAUUACAUAUGGAAGUGCAAUAUGAAAGAGACAUUAUUGGGAUGAUUGAUGGAUUCCAGAAAUUAUCACAUGUUAAAAUCGAGUUAGCACCCAUGAUUGAUCGGCAAUAUAAAAACAUAAUAUCUAAGCAGUGGUUGGAACGGAAUACUCGUCUAAGCAAAUAUAAAUUUACAUGUCGAAUCGAAGCUCGAUACACAUUCUUAUGGAUUGGUGAAAAACAUGAACAAAAUGUGAGUGAAUAA